AUGUCUUCAGGUACAUUUGUGGAUAGGAUAGACCCUUUUGCUAAACGUUCUAUGAAGAAAAAGACAAAAAAGUCGCAGGGAUCAUCAAGAUAUCGUAAUUCAACUGAUUUAGAAAUACAACCACUUCCUUUAUUCAAGGAUGUUGCUUCAUCUGACCAGGAGGAACUUUUUAUUAGAAAACUGCGUCAGUGUUGCGUGGCAUUCGAUUUCAUGGAUCCGGUGGCCGACUUGAAAGGAAAAGAAAUAAAAAGGGCGACACUUAACGAGUUAGUGGACCACAUAACCACUGGAAGAGGGGUUCUUACGGAGCCGGUUUAUCCAGAAAUUAUAAAAAUGAUUUCAGCUAAUUUGUUCAGAACGCUCCCGCCAAGUGAGAAUCCAGACUUUGAUCCCGAAGAGGAUGAUCCAACGUUAGAAGCUUCAUGGCCACAUUUACAAUUGGUGUAUGAAUUCUUUUUGAGAUUUCUCGAAUCAUCUGAUUUUCAACCGACAAUUGGUAAAAAAGUCAUAGAUCAAAAAUUUGUGCUCCAAGUUUUAGAUUUGUUCGACAGCGAAGAUCCCCGGGAGCGUGACUACCUUAAAACGGUCCUUCAUCGCGUUUACGGAAAGUUUUUAGGAUUACGUGCUUUUAUCCGAAAACAAAUUAAUAAUAUAUUUCUUAGGUUUGUGUAUGAAACGGAACAUUUUAAUGGAGUAGGUGAAUUAUUGGAAAUUUUAGGGAGUAUAAUUAAUGGAUUCGCGCUGCCGUUAAAAUCAGAACACAAACAGUUUUUAGUCAAGGUGUUGAUUCCUUUACACAAGGUUAAGUGCCUGGCGCUUUACCAUGCUCAGCUCACAUAUUGUAUCGUGCAAUUUUUGGAGAAAGACGCCACAUUAACGGAACCCGUGUUCAAGGGAUUGUUGAAAAUAUGGCCGAAAACAUGCAGUCAAAAAGAAGUAAUGUUUCUUGGAGAAAUUGAAGAAAUACUAGAUGUCAUUGAACCCUCACAAUUUAACAAAAUUCAGGAACCCUUAUUUAGGCAAAUAUCAAGAUGUGUAUCGAGUCCACACUUUCAGGUUGCAGAAAGAGCUUUGUAUUUUUGGAAUAACGAAUACAUAAUGAGUUUAAUAGAAGAAAACAAUCAAGUGAUUAUGCCAAUAAUGUUUCCAGCUCUAUAUCGCAUAAGCAAAGAGCAUUGGAAUCAAACGAUAGUUGCUCUUGUAUAUAACGUCUUGAAAACAUUUAUGGAAAUGAAUAGUAAAUUAUUUGAUGAGCUCACGGCUUCGUACAAAUCCGAAAGACAAAAGGAAAAAAAGAGAGAAAAAGAGCGAGACGAAUUAUGGAAAAGAUUAGGUGAACUUGAAAUCAGUAAAAAAAAUAAAGAAAAAUGUCCUAAAAAGUGA